AUGGAGACGUUAGAUGGGAGGUCCGAUGCGAAUCUGGAAGAACAGAAUCAAGUGAGGCAAAGGACUUCAAUGACGGAGUCUCAAAGGGAAAAGAGGAAGUCUGAAGUACUGAUAGCUGCGCAGUCGAUUGAUAAUGAAGUGCAGAAUGUCAAGAGUUUGAAACGAAUCUCUAUUGGGUCUAUUGACCUGCUUAUGGAUCCCGAGUUGGAGUAUCGGGUCAACGUAAAUAGCCCUAACACAAGGAAGUCGUGGUCUUCGAACUCAUCAUCAAGUGAAGAGGAACACGAUGUGGCUCCAUGCUAUGAUAAAGGUGAAGAUGAGGGAGAGGCCAGUGUCAGUGACGGAGCAGAUGAUAGUUUUGAUACGACUGGGGCAGAUUAUUUGCAGACAACAAACCAUUCGUCGGCGAAUCAUCAAUCUACACCUAAUGUCAAACCCACUUCGCCUCAGAUUUCUGUCAAAAGAACUCUUACAGGCGUUGGAUCUCUAAGAAGGGGUGGCGUUAAUAUACCUACUAGGAAGCUUUCGUCCGCUUCGGACAAUGGGAGUGAAGAUGGAUCCAACUCUUCAUCAAUAACUAAACAGUUAUUAUGGGUUCCCGCAGCUCAGCACCCUAGUGUUAAACCAGAGAACUUUUUGGAGCUGGUACAGGACACUUUGCAUAACAUCCAGUUAGAUGAGAAGAAGGAAACGACUGAUAAUGAUAAUGAUGAAAGUAAUAAGGAAAACGCGAAAGCUUAUGAUCGAUUACCCAUCGAUAUAACUCGCAAGCGCGAUUCGCUAGUGCGAAGGCCUUCGCGAUUGAGAAAGUCCUAUACCGAAUUUGAAGAAUACGAUGAAACUGAGUCAUUAGAAGGAUCGGUUGCUGUCGGAAAAGAAUCCCGUAACUCGUUCGAACGGUCAUCAAUAGCUCCGUGCUCUUCUGGAAGAAGUUCGAGAACAGUAUCUUUGAAAGACAUCACUGAAGAACUGAAUAAGAUAUCUAACAAUGCCGGUCUUACGAGUUCUGACGCGAUUACUCUAGCCAGAACUUUGAGUAUGGCCGGCUCGUUUGCAAGCUCUGAGGUUAACGAGGAUUAUGAUACUUCCAAACGUAACGGGAUACAUCUGGAUGCCGAUGACGUGCAGAAUGAAUACAAUAAAGAGGAUGACAACGAAUUUGCCUCCAACAUGCUCAUGAAGCAUGGGGUUGUUAUUCCUGCUAGGUCUUCGUUGCGUAGGAGCAAGUUUAAUACUUAUAGGGUUAGAUCAUCAGGUAGUACUUCUUCUUUAGAUGACGAGCAUCAUGAGUCAGAGACAAAGAGGAAGCUAUCUAGUGGUCUGGAAAAUGUUACGGCAGAGUCUUCUGCGUCUCAGCAAGAUAUUUAUCAUUCGCCUUCGAUCAAGGGAAACGGGUCAAUCAUGAGCUCACCAAGUUCGAUUAACGAUUUCCAGGACAUUUAUGAUCAUUAUCGUCAACCUAGCGUUGAUUGGGAAAAGGAGCUUAAAAAAGGGACGGAGAGUGAUGAUUCCAAUAAAGGUAAUCAGCUGGACUUUGAGACCUCGAAAGAAAUUGCAUCAUCAAAAUUAAGUGACCUAUCCCAAGGCAAUGCCAAGUCAAGCAUUGAAGCGCAGGACAUGGAACAAGCUUCAUCAACAGUAGUUCGAGAGAUGAAAGGGAAGAGAUCGGGCUGGUCGUGGUUGAAUGGAAUGGGUAGCAAAGAGACAAAUACAGAAAAAAAUGUCAAAGAUACAGCCAGGCAAGAAGUCCCUUUGCAUCGAGAGCCAAGUGACUCUCAUAUUGAUGAGGAUUUUGAGAAAACUAGUACGCCCGUUACAACCGAAAUUCAGAGAAGUAACCAUUCGAAGAAUAGGCAUUUACCCAUUUUUCCAGCCAAUGAAUCUUCCAAAAGGAAAGAUACUACCGAAGAACCAGCUGUCUCUACGAAGAUGGGGCGCUCCUCUUCUUCGGAUUCUUCUAAUUUGACAAGGCAAAUGUUUGAAAAGAAAAUAGCAAAUCUCUUCAGAAGGAAAGGCAAGAAGAAACUACCUGAUUAUGGUACCUCUCGGGAUCAUACAGGUGCUGAGCUAAAGUCAAAGCGCUCGAGCGAUAACCUUUCCAAAUUCGCGAAAACAAGCAAAACUCCUGUCAAGUUGAGAUCAGAAUCACGAGUGGAAGAGCACUUAAGAAACUCAGUCUCAAAGGAUGUGGUUCCCGAUACUGCCAUAGUUGCUGGUGAAGUCAUUCCAUCGAAGUCUAAGGCAGAGGAUUUACCGGCAUUGCAGCCUGCAGUCAGUGUUACGAGCACGAAAAGUGCACAUGUCCCUCUGGCGUCUAGCGUGGUAAUUGAGUCAGUCAAAGAGCUUGACGGCGACGAUUCACAAGACGUAAGCAUGGAUCAAAACGCACAGACCAGCAUAGAUAUAUCGACGGAAACGCUAAGCAUGAAGGAACAAACGUCUGAAGUACAAACAGAUGUCAAACAGCCUGCUGAUGGGCCAUCUCAUCAACCAGUACCCCCAAGGAAAUUGACUUUCGACGAUGUGAAACGGUCAGAACAGUCUAACGCUCCAAUGAAGUUUACCGACAGUGCAUUCGGUUUCCCACUACCAAUGCUAACUGUCUCCACAGUCAUUAUGUUUGACCACAGACUCCCGAUCAACGUGGAAAGGGCUAUCUACAGAUUAAGUCAUCUCAAAUUGAGCGAUCCCAAGAGAGAAUUGCGUCAACAGGUUGUUCUCAGUAAUUUCAUGUAUGCAUACUUGAACCUCGUUAACCAUACAUUGUACAUGGAACAAGUGGCACAAGAAAAUGAUUUGACCACUGAAACAAGUGGGGGUACUGCUUUCAAAACCGAGCAUAAUUCAGCCAACGGAUCAAUCUGUAUCCCAGACAUGUGA